ACAAAAGCAGCAGCUCUGCGGGGAGGUGGUCGCACAACUUCUGCACCAACACAACACGGAGGUCUGAGGGGAAAGUUGCUCCGCGUCGCUCUGCUGCCUCUCCUGGAUCAGAGUUCAGUAAACAUGUUGGUAAAAGUUUCUUAACGGCGUCAGAACUCGGAGAGGAUUCAAUUAAGGAUUUCUGAGCUGCUGCUGCUGCUGAAGAUGACGGUGACAUAACUUCACAUGUGUGGAUCCAGCCGUCGAGUUUCUCCCUCGGUGAAUUCAUCUCGAAUGAGGAGCGUGUAGCUCGGAGCGACGGUGUCCAGCGGGGACCGUGAACCCCCCCGCGGCUCGCCGGGAUGAUGCGCCUGCUGAGCUGCCUGCUGCUGGGAUAUCUGACCUGGAAUCUGCGGAUAUCGGACGCGCAGGGAGAGUACUGCCACGGCUGGCUGGACGCUAAUGGGAAUUACCAUGAAGGCUUCCAGUGUCCGGAGGACUUUGACACCAUGGACGCCACCGUGUGCUGCGGCUCCUGCUCGCUGCGCUACUGCUGCGCCGCCGUGGACGCACGACUGGACCAGGGCAGCUGCACCAACGACCGGGAGGUGGACAACACCGAGUAUGCAGCGCAGCCCGUCUACGUUCCCUUCCUGAUGGUGGGAAGCAUCUUCAUCGCCUUCGUCGUGGUCGGCUCGCUGGUGGCCGUCUACUGCUGCACCUGUCUGCGGCCCAAACAGCCGACCCAGCAGCCCAUUCGCUUCUCUCUGCGGAGCUGCCAGGGCGAGACCAUCCCCAUGAUCCUCACCACGGCUCCCCCGAGCCUCCGUGCCCCGUCACGGCAGUCCAGCACGGCCACCACCAGCUCCAGCUCGGCCGGAGGAGGCAGCUCCAUGCGGAGGUUUUCUCUCGGAGGUCCGGGGCAGCAGCAGCAGCAGCACGGCUGCCUGGUGUCUGCCGCCGUCUCCUCGUCAGCCUCCACUCCCACCCAGACCCCACAGACUCUGCCACCACCUCCCCCUCCACCCUACACGUCCCCACCAGCACCCAUGGCGGGAGGCAUCCAGCACCCGCUGCCCUCCACCCACACCCAGCUGCAGCUGCACCAGCCCUCUCACCCCUCUCAGAGCACCAGCUUCCUCCUGCCCCAGCAGUACUUCUUCCCCCUGCAGCCCGACGCCUUCACAGCGGCGAAGGGCUUUGCCGACUUUGGACAGAGCUGACAGGGCUCUCGGGGAAAUAGAGAGAUUAUAAGGUAUUUAGAGGGUAGGAUGGGAACCUAAACACACAGCAACACAGCUGUUGGUGUAAAAGACCAGCUGAAUGGACACAGAGGGAGGACGGGGGGUUAAGUGUGACAAAGCGUGGCCUGAAGUGCACAUGGGACACAUCAGCAGACCCGUUGGACCAAUUUCUGAAAUAUAUGCACUUUUAUAUUGUUUUAUUUUCUAUACAUUCUGUUUUUGUUUUAGGUGGAAGUUCAGAGACUAGAAUCUUGACCAGUUUUCAUCCACCUUCCUUAAAAAACUGUUCCUGUCACUCUGCUGGGCAUCGCUCCAUUAAUGCAGCUAUAUUAGACAUUGGAAACCAGGGAACUUUGUUUUUUGACAAUCGGAAGGCCCUCUGAAAGAGACAUUUUAUUUUGGGGGAAAUGUGGACUUUUCUAAGAUGUUGUACAGGUAUUAUACCCAGAUCUGGGUUGUCAUAUUGAUUCCCUAAUUCACAGCUAAUAAAUGGUGUCUCUCUGUAACUUCUGUGCACUGAUUUAUGUGAACUUUGUUAAAUGACAUGCUUGACAUUUUAACAAAAAGAAGCCAUGUCCAGAAAAAGGCCUCAUCAUCGCUCAGACAGAAAGGAAACCGGAGCGGUCAGGCCUGCACGGAGGCUCCCUACCUGUCGCUCAUUCUUGCGCCAGACUUCACAGCAGGAAUGCAGCGCUGAGAUCAGUCAUUGUCAGUGUUCAAUGAGCAUGGCAUGGUCACAGUGUUAAAAACAACUCGCCCCAGAAAUAGAGGUUUAGGUUGCAGCAGCAGGUAUGACAAAAUGUCGACAAAGACUAUUCUGUUCCCCGGCUACCUGACUGUGAAAUAGAUUUUGCAAUCGGUGUCUGCAAACCGUUCGCUCUGCGGAUUUUUGCUGCUACAGCCAGUGAUUCCUCAAGUCUGCCUUUAUCACAAAAUACAACUUACAUGAUUUGUAUCUGACAGACUCCAGCGUUACCUUCUUCAGGUCUUGUUUAUACUUGCGGCUGUCAGUUUGAACUUCUCUUUCACCUUCCACGCUCUGCCUCUAAAAGGAAAACACAAGUUGUGAACAUGUUUUCAUGACAUUUCCUAAAUCUUUUGGAUUUUUCCAAACCUUUGUACCUUUGCCAAGCUCAAAAACGUUUCCAAUUUCUUUUCCCAGUUAUCCGUGAAGGUAGGAUCCUGACUAUUACUUCUCCCACUGAAUGUUUUUACUUAAAACUGUCUCAUGGGUUUCAGAAGAACUGAAGUUCAGAAUGUGUUCUGGGUUAUAAACUUCUGAAAACUCUUUUUUAGAACAAAAUCUUUUUACGGUAAUAAGAUCAGCAACAUUGAAGUUAUAACUCUUGAGACUUCUGUGAUGAAAUACUGUUUUUCAUAGUAUUUGUUGUUACUUUUUCAGCAGUACUUCUCUUUAUAGUAGUUUUAGUGGAUUUGUCAUAGUAAUGUCAACAAUACAUCACAGAACAAAGAAAGGCUGUUUUUACUUUGUCACUUUUUUGUCACUGGAUUGAGUUUUCUACACAAAGUCAAAUGUCAAACACAGUAAACAGAAACACCAGCAGCUCUUCAUUUGAACUUCUGUUUAAAUGACCUUUUUAUUAAAGCACCUCCGAUUUGUUUGGC